CGACAACCAUCUGGCGGCUUCGAGUACGGUAAAUACUGAUUGUUAGCAACUACGAUGUCUCCAACUUCUCUUCUCCCAAGACAGCUAAAAGUUUGCAUUGAUCUGCCCCAGUCCCAAACCCCUAAAACAUGAACCUAAGCCGUAAGCUGCUCUCAUUAGCAACAUUCGGCAUCGUACAACGACCACACACAGCAUCCGCAGAGAACACGACCUUCAACCCCCUCGCCGGCAUCCAGCAGUUCCCCAUCUCUUCAUAUAGCAAUAACAUGACGCGCCUCGCCCCUGUGCUCUCCAUCUCGCACGGCGGCGGUCCUAUGCCUGUGCUUGGCGACCCCUCGCACGCUGCAAUCACAAAGUCGCUGCAAACCAAAGUGCCCAAGCUCCUCAAGCUCGGCACGCCUGAGACACCGAAAGCCAUUGUCCUUGUCACGGCGCACUGGUCGACGAAUAAGGUACAUGUCUCGAGCGGCGCGAGACAUGAGCUGUUGUAUGAUUAUUAUGGGUUCCCGGAUGAAGCGUAUAAGCUCAAGCACAAUGCGCCUGGGAGCCCGGAGGUCGCGGGGGAGGUAGAGAGGGUGCUGAAGGAAGCAGAUAUAGACUGUAUAAAAGACGGUGAACGCGAAUGGGACCACGGCGUCUUCAUCCCGAUGAUGCUCAUCGACCCCAAAGCCAGCGUGCCAAUCGUCCAAGUCAGCGUCCUCGCAUCCGAAUCUCCCUCCCAAUCCUUCGCCAUCGGGCGUGCGCUGUCCGCCCUGCGCGCCCAAAAUAUCGCAAUCAUCGGCUCCGGAUUUGCUACGUUCCACAACCUAAGACUCAUGUUCUCUGGCAUCUCGUCCACGCCGGACUUCAAGCAAGCAAACAUUGAGUGGAGUAGUGCGGUGAGCGAUGCCGCCAUGACAGAUGAUGUUGCGGAGAGGGAACGCAAGUUUGAGGGCUGGAGGAACUGGCCGAAUGCUUAUACAAUGCACCCGAGGGGUGGAGCAGAGCACUUUUUGCCGCUGAUUGUGUGUGCAGGAGCUGGUGGGGAGACGAGGGGGAGGAAGUAUGCGGAUGAUUUUAGGGGGUUGGAUAUGUGGAGUUAUUACUGGGAUGAGGAGGUGGAGGGCGAGAAGUUGUAGAGUGAGGUCGAAUAAAAGUUCAGGCCAAAGCGGUAUGGACCUUCUGCUCCCUGACCAAGCCUUGGAAGCGCAUAUGCGUAGAAAGUGCGCCCCAUGGUUGUGAUAAUAGUGGAGUUAGUAUCGGCUGCGUGAGAAGGAAUCCCUCGCUCCUGUUUGCGCUUGCAGUGCUCGACCUGAGGGUUGCCAAACAAUAUCC